CAGUCUGCACCCGGUUCUGUUGUCUCGAGGACGCUAUAAAAGCACCGCCCAUUCUCUCAUUUCCACAACACAGACUCGUCUGAUCCCACGGACACAGCAGCACGACACGACGACACGCGACAGCACCUGAAGGAUGGACCCCUGCGACUGCUCCAAGAGUGGAACCUGCAACUGUGCAGGAUCCUGCUCCUGCACAAACUGCUCCUGCACCACCUGCAAGAAGAGCUGCUGCCCCUGCUGCCCCUCCGGCUGCACCAAAUGCGCCUCUGGCUGCGUGUGCAAAGGGAAGACGUGCGACACCAGCUGCUGUCAAUGAGGAGCCUGCGACAUCAGCCCUCUACUGACACGAGAUGGCGGCACUUUAAACGACGAUGGCUUGUUAAUUUCUACACAUAACUGUUUUGUACUUGUCUUUAAUGUUGAAAUAAACGUCUUCCUAACGUG